AUGAAAAAAUCACGGAUAACAUGUGAUACAGAAGUUCCUAUGCCAACAAGUAAUGGCAACAAAUUUAGCCAUUGCAGUGGAACAUAUCAUAAUUAUAGCUUACCACAUAUUAUAACUAUUGCUAAUGAUAACGAUAAACAAUAUGAUAAGCCACAAAGGAAGGAUGAUAUGCCGAGAGUGAAAAUUAUUGGAUCAUCAUCGUCAUCGUCAUCACCAUCAUCACCAUCACCACAGAGAACAACAAUUAAUUGCAUAUACAAUAAUCAAUUAAGGAAUACGGGUAUUCGCAAUUAUGAUAUACCCAAGGAUAUUAUUAAUAGUAACAUUUUGCAGAGCGGAUCUCAAUUAGCACUACCGGUAAAACAACCAUUACUUCACGGUCAUCAUCAGAAGCAUUCCGAAUCACGAAAAGUAUCAGCUCGACCACCGCCCCCAACCAUUGUUCUCAGUCCACCGGAUGAAACAUCGCCGGAAAAAGCAAAAGUAAUUUUUGAAUACGACAAUGAAAAGUACACUAUACAGCCGAAUUUCUUGAUCCGGUAUAAAAGGAUCAUAUUAACCGUUGCUGUAUCAUUAUUGAUCUUUUUCUUACUAAUAUUUGUUGCAUUGGUGGUUUAUAUAGCAUAUCGGAGGAGAUUAUAA